CCGAUGUAGCGACCUUUGGCAGCAUUGCAUCAUAACAAGCAAUCAACACGUGCCGGGCGGACGCUUAUGCUCAGCCGUUACUUUGAUUUUCACUUUCGCUGUACAUGCUACUGACUGAUUAAUUAUAUCUGACACAGCUUGGCAUCAUGGCAGAUGGGUGUUUGUUGGUAAUGGUUAUAGAUGUGCAUCCACAGUUGGCCCUCCAAGAGGGAAUGGUUCAGAGCUACCUAAGCUCAUGUAUUUCCUUUGCUAAUUUCCACUUGGCUACUAGUGUAAAAAAUAGACUUGCCGUCAUUGCUGCAAAUCACCUUGAAACACGUUUCCUGUAUCCACAAAAAAAUGGAGAGAAGGCAGACAGACAGAAGGAUGGUCGGCUGGAACUUCUUAGUCACGUUGAUGAAAGCAUUAUGGAAGAGCUGAGAAUCAUGAUGUAUCAUGAUGCCAAAGUGGAGCAGACAGAAUCUCUUAUCUCUGGGGCCAUUGGCCGAGGAUUACUGUACAUAAAACGUCAUGAGAGAGAGGACCAAAUAGUCAACAAAAUCCAUGCAAGAAUCUUAGUUAUAAAGAUUUCAUCUGACACAGGGAGCCAGUACCUGAAUUAUAUUAACACAUAUUUGACAGCUCAGAAGAUAAACACUGCAAUAGAUGUUUGUGUCAUUGGUGGAGAUUGUGGGCUGUUACAGCAAGGAGCAGAUAUUAGUGGAGGUUACUACCGUUCAAUCCAAGAUGUGUCACAGCUCUUACAGUCACUGAUACUGAUGUAUCAACCCGACAUCUCAGUAAGAAAGAGAUUGAAUGCUCCCCCACCUGAUACUGUUGAUUACCGUGCAGCAUGCUUUUGUCACAGAACGCUUGUAGAUAUGGGCAAUGUGUGCUCAAAUUGCCUCUCUGUGUAUUGUAAGGCUGUUCCACUCUGUUCUACUUGUAAUGUUAUCUUCCAGAUUGAUAGACCUCUUAUGAAGUUACCAAAGAAGAAGAAAUAGUCAAAAUGUUAUGUUGAUAGGUAUUUGAAUAAGAUAUAAGAUAUAAGUAAGUAUAUAUAUGUGUGAAAUAUAUGAAAGAAAGAUCUUUAAAGUCAGUGAUAAUGAGAGAGAGAAAAAUUAGCUUUUUUGUGUUAAUAUUUAGUUUGUAUGGAAAUGUGAUAUUAGAUACACUUGAAAUUAUUCAGAGAACUUUCAAUAAAGAUAAAAUAGUUCAGAA